UGAACUAAUUAAAUAAUGAAUGAUAAACAUUACAGUGGUCCAGAAGUCCCCAAGGAAUCUCAGGAAGUAUCACCUGUUUCAGAAACUGAAACAGAGCAGCCACCAGAGGUGAAGACUGAAGCUGCCACAGAUCAAGGUGACGGUCCUGGUGUUCAGUUUGUGGGUGAGGAACAGACAGAAGUUGUACCUUCAACAAGUAGCGGUAGUCAGCCACAGCGAAAGCCAAUUGUGUGGAACGAAAUUAACAGUGGUGGAGAUAGUGCCUCAUCGCUAGUUAAUCCAGAGCAGUUUCCAGUUCCACGAGGUCAGGGAUCAAGGCGUUCGGGCCGGGGACGGCGUAGUAGGCUACGCGGCACUAGUCCAUACUCCAUGCAGAGGGGAUUCCCAGGAGCCUGGUCAUCCCCUCGAAGAGGUCGAGGUGCACCAGGGAGAGGGGGAUUUUAAUUUGUAAGAUUGACCACUCGCUUCCAUUGCUUUAAGUUCUUUUCUGGGUAGCGAAAUAUGGAAGAAAACUUUAGCUAACUAUUAUGUUGUAUUUGUUAAAUAAAAACUUUCUGCACUGUAUCUCACAGUAAAAUUA